CCAUGGCAUCAAAGUUAGAAAUAAAUAUACGCAGUUUGAUAGCACAGUGUGAAGAGAUCGUUGCCGUGGAUAAACAGGACUGGCGGCUAAAAAAGUACAUCCGAUCGCUGGACACUAUGAUUGAGGAGCUGGGCGAACAGGAGUUGGAUGAAACAGAAAAGAAGCUCGUCGAAGGGUAUCGGAAGCAGUGCAGCGAGCUAAAGCAGGCCUUCAGCUAUGUUGAACCAUCGACAGAGGAAAAGCGACGACUGAAACCGAGAGCGACGGAACCGUUCGGGGACGAUGUGAUGCGUGAGGUGCGACAGCUGCAAAAUCAAAUGUAUGAAAAAGAGCUACGCAGCGAGCUGUUCAAUGGGAACUUUUCGACGAUACGAAGGCGUGCCGGGCAGAAGGUGGCAGAAAAUCUGGAACAAACGGUCAAGCAAUACUCAACCGAGCAGGAAAAGCUUGCGGAGGAUAUGCUGCGGUUAACGAGGAAUUUGAAGGAACAGACAGAAACAGCCAACAAAAUUCUAAAGAAAGACACCGAGAUCGUUUCGAAAUCAGCCAAACUAUCGGACCAAAACACUUCAUCGCUGACGACAGAAUCAACCAAGCUGCAGGAAAACUCCAAGAAAGCGUGCAAAUGUUGGAUGUGGUUGAUGAUAGUGUUCGUUAUCGUUACAUUCAUAUUUAUGGUAAUGUUUAUGAAAAUUAUGAAAAAGAGAGUGUACUAG